GGGAGGGGGGGAGGACAGAAAGUAAUAGAGAACCACUGCAUUAAAGGGUCAAUAUUUAUGGCAACAGCAUGUGAAAUAAAACUAAAUCUGAAGCUUUUGUCAGCAAUAAUAUAUGAAAAGGUUAAGAAAGGGGCAGGAUGGAACAUGGCUCGGAGUCAAUAGUGUGUGAGAGAGGGAGAGAGAGAGAGAGAGAGAGAGGGAGGGAGGCGUGUGCUCCCUCUCGCUCCCAUCACACACACACAUACACACACACACAACACGGAGGAACUGAACGUACCGCACAGCAAUUCAAGUGAUGGCAGAGGAAGGCUGUGUAUCCCUGCUGCAGCGGUCAGAUUAUCUCAUCAUCUCAGCUCAUCUCAGCUCAGUUCAGCUGCUGCUGCUGCGUGCACCAGAGCUGGAUCCAGACGGUGAAUGCGUAGAGAGAGGCAGGCAGAGCAUCAGGGGAGACGGCGUGGUCUAAAGGGACAGAGAAGUGUCUGAAAGAGUUAAGAUGAGUCUGAACGACGGUCAGUUUCUGGCCGGCGGUGGACAGGAUUUGACCAGGAACACCAGCAGCAGUGGACCCCCCUGGGAAAACGCCGGGAAGGUUUUGAAGCCGUGCGUCCCUUCCAGGAAACCCAAGCCGCCCAAACCGGAGAGCGCCAUCACUAUUGCCGUGUCGGCUCGAGUCCUUUUCAACAUGGAGAGGGAGCAGCAGAUCUACGAGCAGCAGGGCAUGGAAGACUACGUUAAAUAUCAGGUGGAGCAUGAAACGGAGCCUUUUAGCCCUGGACCUGCCUUCUCCUUUGUCAAGGCCCUGGAGGCUGUAAACACCCGACUGAGGGAGUUGUACCCUGAGAGCGACGAGCUCUUUGACGUUGUGCUCAUGACCAACAACCACGCAUAUGUUGGCCUGAGACUCAUCAAUACAAUAAACCACCACAGAUUGUUCAUCGAGCGUUUCUGCAUGACGGGGGGCAACAGUCCAAUCGGCUACUUGAAGGCCUACCACACCAACCUGUACCUGUCUGCUGACUCAGGGAAGGUUCGAGAAGCUUUAGAGGAAGGUAUAGCAGCAGCUACUAUGUUCACUCCAGGGAAGAUGACGGAAGUGUCGGAGACGCAGCUGCGCGUGGCUUUUGAUGGCGACGCCGUGCUCUUCUCCGAUGAGUCCGAACGCAUCUACAAGGCCCACGGUCUGGAGAAGUUCUUUGAGCACGAGAAGGCCCAUGAGAACAAACUGCUGGACCAUGGGCCGCUGAAGGGCUUCCUGGAGGCACUGGGCAAACUGCAGAAGAAGUUUUACGGUAAAGGUCAGCGUAUGAACUGCCCCAUCAGAACCUACCUGGUGACGGCCCGCAGCGCAGCCAGCUCCGGAACCAGAGCCCUGAGAACCCUGCGCUCCUGGGGCCUGGAGAUCGACGAGGCCUUGUUUCUGGCUGGAGCGCCCAAAGGCCCGAUGCUGGAGAAGAUUAGGCCGCACAUCUUCUUUGAUGACCAGAUGUUCCAUGUGGAGGGGGCCGCAGAACUGGGCACAGUUGCAUGUCAUGUUCCGUACGGCGUCGCUCAGAGAAUAGCCAAGAGAGAAGUACUGGACAAAGAGACGCUCUCUGCGCCCAAGUAGCCUGGAUGUGGCACUGCAGACGGCAGGACUACAGGCAGGUGAUGACUAUGGUAAACAUGUCACAGAGUCUAAAUGUGUAAUGGAGGGAGGAGCUUUAUGACCAGUGCUAAUAUGAAGCAUGUCUUAUACAUACAAGUUUUUGCAUUCACAAAAAUGUACGGCUUAAUUUAUUAAUUUAGUUUUCCACCACUACAACAGCAGCAUUUCUGGUUUAAUAUUUACCUCAGUUCAGUCUGGUCAUGGUCGGGGAUGUAGCGAUUCACUCAACCCAGGAUUUUUUGUCAACUAAAACUGUUCUCUUCAAUAACAGAACUGAAAAAAAAAAAAUCACAUUUCUGUCUUGAAACA